AUAAAGCAAAGUGGCUCCUGGAAAUAGAAUGCGAAUUGAGGAGAGGGUGCAGUGGAGAGUUCAGUUCAUGGAAUGGAGAGAGCAGUGUGUGGAAUGUUAGAAGGCAGACUUGGAUAAAGACAAUGCGGGGAACGGUUUUGUUUCUUAUACCUCUAUUAACCUGUUUGUUAAAACCUGGAUAUGAUGGCCACUUCUGCAAUCCGUAUUGGAGACCAGCUGAUUUUAGAGGAAGAUUAUGAUGAGAAUUACAUUCCUCAGGAGAAUGAAAUUCAAGAAUACGCAAGAGUGAUUGGAAUUGACCCAGAUUCAGAGCCUGAACUAAUGUGGUUAGCCCGUGAGGGCAUUGUGGCACCAUUAGCUGCAGCUUGGAAGCCAUGCCAAGACGUUACAGGAGAUAUAUAUUACUUUAACUUCGCAACUGGUCAGUCCACUUGGGAACACCCAAAUGAUGAACAUUAUCGUGAGCUUGUGAUACAAGAACGGGAAAAGCUCCUCAUGCAAGGUGGGGGCAAGAAAAAGGAAAAAAAGAAGAAAAAAGAGAAAAAGAAAGAUAAGAAAGCAAAGGACCUGCCAAAGCCAACCCCAUCAUUGGGAUCUCCCCUUGGACCCGUGCAAGUAUCUCUAGGUAGUCUUGCUCCUCUUCGAGGUCUAGGUGAGCCAGGAGGCAGUGGAGUAACACUUGGGUCACUGAGUAGCAGUGCUGGAAGCUCGGGCGGCUUUGACUCUCUACUGGGUGGUGUAGCUGGUCAACGUAAAUCUGCACCCUUUACGAAGAGUAGUGCAGUUAGAAGGUCUGAUGAGAGAGUUAGUCUGAUUCUACCAGGUUUGGAUGAGGAGGAAGAAGAAGAAGAUGAUGAUGGAGAACAGGAAAGCGAAGAUAUGAGCCCUCGUGGAUCUGCCCGUUUGCUCAAAAACCUGCACAUGGACAUAGGAUCUUUGGGAGGUGGAUUUGAGUAUGAGGAGAGUCAGCGGGUUGAGGAAUCUCCCGCAGUCAGUCACACAGAUGAUGGCUCUGAACCAGAGCUGCAGAACCUUGGAAAGUCUGACGAUGAAGAGGAAAGCCAAAAAGAGGAAUCACUGGAUUAUCAAAAUGCAAAGAUGUCUCCGGUUUCCAAUGAUGCUUUGUCUCCGGGUCAAGGCUCUGAUUUGGACAGAGGAGUAGUAGGACAGCCAGGGGAGUGUUUGGGAAACUUGAGUCACGCUAACUCUCCGGCUCAGGAGCCUGCGGGUGGAGAGGAGUCUAGUCCAUGUUCCCCUGAGAGUCACUCCAAGAUUAAAAAGCAAGAGGAAAAUGCCUCUGAACAUUUGACAACAUCCAAAACGGGAGAGCCAGGCUCAGUCAGUGAACAUCCUAUAAUGGAACAGGAUUCUCAGGAUGAAUCAGAAACCAGUGAGGGUGUGAAAGAUUUGUCUGGGCCAGCUUUCAGUGAAAAGCCAGUGGAUGUUUUGUUAAGCGGUCGGUUAGAAGAGAAAGUACUUGACAUCACUGCUCUGUCUUCUGGUCCUAUAAACACAAAGAAUGAUAUAAUAGAGGAGGAAGCAGAAGAAGAGGUGGAUGAAGACAUAGAGGAAGAGGUGAUUGAAGAAGAGGUGGGACCAAGAAGAGCCUUGCCACAGGUCACUGACAGGCAUAUUAAACCAAGCAAGGACACUGUGGAGUCAGUUGGUGGAGAACUGGAAUCUUCCCUAAAUGUGAGUGAAUCUCCUAUACCUGCAGAUCUGCCUUCCAAACCUCUCCUGGACCAAACUGAUUACAUUGCACAAGACUUACCUUAUAAAUUUGUUGAGGAAAUUUCUAAGAAUGCUGUAAAAUACGCUGGGUAUGACAGAGAGACACCCAGAUUGAAAAAGGAAUCAUCUAAACAAGCAGAGGAGUCUUCUAAAAUAAGAGAUGAGCUUUCAAAGCAUGUAGAGGAGAAAUCCAGUGUUAUUUUGGAGCAGGAGGAGAUGGAACUGAAAGAUAAACAUAAACAGAGACUGGAAGAGUUAAGAGAAACGCUGAGGAAGGAAGAAGAAAAAAAGAGCCUAGAGAUGCGCCAAGGCCAUGAAAAUAAUCUGAGGGCAUUAGAGGAACUCCUAGCCAAGCAGACACAGGAGGAAGAGACUAAAAUGCGAGAAGUCCAGAUGCAGAGGCUCGUAAGACUUGAAAAAGAGUUGGAGAUAGAGCAAGAGGAAGAACAGAAGAAGCUAAGGCUACGGAUGAAGGAACUUCAAGAAGAGCGGAAGUAUACAAUUGAACGAUUUGAGACAUCCCAGGAAGAGAUUAUUCUGCAAGAGAAGUCUGCCAUAAAAGAAAAAAUGAAGGCAGAUAUCGAAGAGGCAAUAAAGGAAGAAAAAAUUCUGUUGGAUAAGGAGAAAGAUGCCACUCUUCAUGAAUUAAGAGAGAAACUCAGUCAGGAAACAAAUAAAGCAUUAGAGGAUCUUGAGAAACAGCAUGCAGAGGAACUUGAAAAUUUGAGAGCUGAAGUCAAACAAAAACAUCAAAAGACGGUGUCUGAACUUCAGAAUUCAAGGCUCCAGGUGCAUGAACAAGGGGAAGUACAGACCUUCAGUGAGCUAAAUCUUUCCAACAAGAAAAUGUUACAGCUAAUGGACUUUGAAAAAGAAAUGAGUGACCUACUGCAGGAGAAACGGCUGGAGGUUCAGAGAGACCAUGAAAGGAAGUUGGAACGAUUAAAGGAGGAUCACCAGCUGGAGCUUGAGAGGGUGCGAGACCAGCUGGAAGAUGAGGAGAGGACCCAACGUUCCCGGAUGCUUGAGAGGUUGCAAGAGGAGCUUGAAAAAAUAAGGCAACUUCAUGAACAGGAGCUUGAGACUGAAUGUAGGGAGCUGCAAAGGAAACAAGAAGAAAGACGAAACAGCUACCAGGAAAAGGAAAACAAACUGCAAGACAUGGAGCAAAACCUUGAGCUGAGAAGAAAGCAACUACUGAUGAAAACAGGACAAUUAGACAGCCAGGAAGAAAAUAUUCGACAGAGAAGAACAAGUCUGGAAGAGAAGGAGAAGGAACUUUCAAGAAAGACAGAGGAAAUUAAGAGUUCUACUUUGAACCUCAAGAUGCAGGAGGACCUGGUAACUGAGCAGAAACUGCUCCAAGAUAUAAUACAAAAAUCACAACAUGAGUUGGAAAAAACACAAAACAAAAGAACUGAACUGGAGGCAGAGGUGGCGCUACUGCAGAGCCGCUACACCCAACUGCUGAGUAAAGUCAGGGACUUGGAAGAAGAAAAUAGAAAAAGCAACAUUGAUCUAAAAGAAGAUACCAAAGUUGUGAUGAGUCCCAGAGUGGAUCCAGCACUCAGGCUGGAAGAUCUUACUGCAUCGGCCAGCUCAGUGCAUGGUGCUGCCGUUCCACAUUUAGAUAUUCUCAGAAAUGCCAUGACUUCUGUACAAAACCAGGAAUAUGAUAAUGAAAUGGACGAUAUCCGUCAUUACAUCUCCUCCCAGGGGGCCUCAAUACAAAAAGCAAAGGAUUUCCUACACCUGCAGACCCGCUCAAUGUGCCAUCGCCAAUCCUUGCUCCAUGCAGCCAAGAAACAAUGGUGUCACAGCAUGCAAGAGACGCACAGCCCAAAGCACUCGCAUCUCCUGGAGGAUGUGAAGCAAAACUUGGAAGAGGAAGCACACAGUUUAAAUGAAUUCCAGAGCACCAUGCAUAAGGGGCAAGUCUUGCUGCAAGAGAAAGAGCAGAGACUGCAGGAGCUGGAGAGUUCCCUUCGGGAAGAGAUAUCUGAGGAUGAUGCUGUCAUUAGAGGAAGGAGAAAUAAGAAAGUGGUUACCUUUGACCUAAGUGACUCAGACGACUCCUGCAGUGCCAUAAACCAUGAUUUGUUCCCAAGUGGAGAUCUUAGGGCACAGCCUAUUCUUCCAUCCAAAGUGCACAAUCUAACAGCCUCUUUACGGCGCAUCACAGCGGAACUAAAUGGGGUCCUUUCUUCCCUGGGACCUCUCUCAAAUGAUCCUCAUCCAUUCUCAACACCUGACCCUCUCUCUGCAGAGCCAGGCAUCCCACUCUCCUCUUUCAACAAUCUAGCAAGACUCGGUGCCCCUCAGUCCUCAGCAUGGAGCAGUAGUUUACCUUCAACUGUACCCUCGGUGCCCUCACCUUCUCAGUCAGUGGAUGAAAUCUUGAUGAAGAAAUGGCGCAAGUAUUUCCCAGGAGGAACACCUUUAUUCACUGACCAGUCCAAGCUGCAAGAGAACAGAUUUGGAUAUGUUCCAGCUGGAGAGCAGGUUCGAAUGGUGCAAAAUGUAGCACAGCACACGGACAAACGUAGCAUUCAGGCUAUGAUUGACACCAACAAGAAGUGGCUGGAAAACUUCAGGAAUGACCCCAAAGUGCCACGAACAAGCAGGACUAUGGGAUCUUCUCCAGGACUUCUCCAGUUGGGUCUGGAUGAGAACAACCAAAUCAAAGUAUAUCGGUACUAAUGGAAUGGGAGAAACAAAAGAGAAGAGAAUUAGCACUUUACAUACAUCUCCUCUCCUUUGAAACACAUGAAAGCUGUUGUGCAGGAGCAGAAUUGGCUGUUUGGAAUGGAAAUGGCACAGCAAAACUCUGCAUGUGUUGUCUCUUUUGCAGAGAGAGAGCUGCAUAUUACUUGAUGACUCUGGGAUCUUAUAAUUACAGUCAUUUCUCAGGUGCCUGAAUCUUUCUUGUAAAAUGCUAUUCAUAUAUAAGCUUUAUAUUUAUAUAUAUUUUUAUACACAGAAUAAGGGACAUAUCAUAUUUGUGCACUAAAGCAAGAAUAAUGGCAGAAUAGGUGCACACGAAACCAAUGCUUGUGCAAUAGAAACACUUGGUACUAUGCACACUUAGUACUAAGAACCUAAGGAUGUUACAUAGGAAGAUUAGUAACUACUACUUCUUAGUUGGCAAAAAAGAGAUUAUGUCUGGCAUGAAAAUCAAGAGUCCCUGGCAUUUCAAGUACCAAAAAGUGGCCCAAAAAGCCACAGGCUCAAUAUAAUGCACUGGUCUGGUUGCCCCAGUUUCCAUAUUGACAGUCUGGAGCCUAAAAGAGAUGUUCAUUUUUACUUAUCCAGGGCAAGUAAUCUGCUCUGACACCUUCUCUAGCCAGCUACUAGCAGCAACAUUGUUACAAUGUGACAUAAAUUGAGACAGUUCUACACAGUGUAUGUGCAUGCUGCAAAUGCCUACACUUCACAAACAUUCUAUCAGUUCAACACAUUUGUCUGCCAGUAUUUUUUUACAGUAGCGGUGACAAUCUUGCAGUGUUGGUAUUUUAUUUUUGUGUUUUUUACCUGUGUGAAGUAUGCCAGCUAGUUUUGUAUUCAGAUUAAACUGGCACGUUAUCAACCUCA